AUGCCAAAACGAAAAAUGCUUGUAGAUCCAGUACUGGAGCCGUUUCUAGGGAAAUUCGAAGACGUAGACGACUAUCCAAGCUAUGACGCCAACACCUCGCCGUCCACCUCGAUGGAUCUCACCUCGCAGAACAAACUUAUCUGCGACGUGUGCGGCGACGUGGCGUUUGGCAAGCACUACGGUAUCAAUGCGUGCAAUGGGUGCAAAGGAUUCUUUCGGAGGAGUGUAUGGAGCCGUCGACAGUACUCUUGCCGAUUCGGAGGUGACUGUCCGGUGGUGAAGGAACAUCGUAACGUGUGUCGGUCCUGCCGAUUAAAAAAAUGCUUCGAAGUUGGCAUGAAUCCAGAUUCUGUACAAAACGAGCGUGAUCGAAAUGUGAAGUCUGGAACGGGGAUGCCAAUGGCUCCAUUAGCCAAUGGGAUCUUUAAACGGAAAAGAGUUCGUCCAGAAAUGAGCGAACAAGCUAGCCAGACCGAUCCACCAAUGAGCCCAUCGCAAUGCUCGGAAAGACCUGUGAAAGUGGAACGAGUUGCUACACCUCCUGAAUGUCAUGAUCUUCCGACUCCUAGCUCCUAUGACAUGUUUGCAAUCCCGGAAACCCUUAUGACUUUGGAAAAUCAGGUUUUCUCUCAUACUCCCAUUGAAGCGGAUUAUUCGAUCAAUGCCACUAAAACCCAAAUCAACCUCCCAUUCGAGGUAGUUUUCCGAAGACCGAUGCUUGUUAGUCCCCGUUAUCCCAUGCGGUUCACCGGUGAACGGAUUUUGACACCUGAAGAUCUCAUUGAUGGAUGGCGUCGUCAUUUCACCUAUUUUUCGGAUUGGUGUCGAGGUUUGGAGGAGUUUCAAAUGUUGAACGAAAAGGACCAAGAUGUUUUAGCUAGGAGGCGAUUGAAUCUUCAUGGGUGGCUCUGCCAGUCGUACUAUUCGAUGAAAUGCGGUGCUCCUGGACUUUGUUUUGCCAACGGAGCUUUUCAUCCUGUCGAGGGCGGGCAUCCGAGCAUUGUCGAUUUCUUCAAACAGUGCAUGCCUCGAUUAAUGAGUUAUGUGAUCGCUCCGAUGCGCACAAUGGCUAUGGAUGACGUCGAAUUUGUGUUACUAAAAGCGAUCGUUCUCUUUGCUGAAGAUCAUGGGCUGAGCUCAGAAGGCAAAACGGUGGCAUCGAAGAGCAAGGAACGUUUCCUGAAUGCACUCUACGCUUACGUAAGAAACCAAAAAGUGGACAACGCACCUCAUGCAACGUGUAGAGUCGCGAAACUCAUGCUCAUGUUGUCUGCGCUUACCGCACUCAAUCAUCUGAUGAACGAAGAGGUGCAAAUGACGAGCCUCUUUAAUAUUAUCGAGUUCGACGAACUAAUCCAGACCUGUCACAAAAGCAGUCCGCCUAUCUGCUCGUCGCCAUCUCGAUGA